AUGGCCCUGAGCGAGCUGCCUCUGCUCCGAUGGCUGCGGGACAGCCGCCACUCGCGCAAGCUGAUCCUGUUCAUCGUGUUCCUCGCGCUGCUGCUGGACAACAUGCUGCUCACCGUCGUGGUUCCCAUCAUUCCCAGUUACCUGUACAGCAUCAAGCAUGAGAAAAAUACUACAGAAAUCCAGACCACUAGGCCAGCACUCAUAGCCUCCACCUCCAGAAGCUCCCAGGGCAUAUUCUCAUACUAUGACAACUCUACUAUUCCUAUCACUGGGAAUGUCACCGGGAAUGCUACCGGGGGCCUCCCAGGGGAGCAGCCAUACAAGGCUACCACCACACAGCACAUGGUGACCAACACAUCCAUCGUCCCUUCUGACUGUCCAAGCGAAGACAAAGACCUCCUGAAUGAAAAUGUGCAAGUUGGGCUGCUGUUUGCCUCCAAAGCCACUGUCCAGCUCCUCACCAACCCAUUCAUCGGACUGCUGACCAACAGAAUCGGCUAUCCAAUUCCCAUGUUUGCUGGAUUCUGCAUUAUGUUUAUCUCAACAGUUAUGUUUGCCUUCUCCAGCAGCUAUGCCUUCCUGCUGAUCGCCAGGUCCCUGCAGGGAAUCGGCUCCUCUUGCUCAUCCGUGGCUGGAAUGGGCAUGCUGGCCAGCGUGUAUACAGAUGAUGAAGAGAGGGGUAACGCCAUGGGAAUUGCUUUGGGGGGCCUGGCCAUGGGGGUCUUAGUGGGACCUCCUUUUGGGAGUGUGCUCUAUGAGUUUGUGGGGAAGACAGUUCCUUUCCUGGUUCUCGCUGCCUUGGUGCUCUUAGAUGGAGCUAUUCAACUCUUUGUGCUCCAGCCAUCCCGAGUGCAGCCAGAGAGUCAGAAGGGGACACCCCUAACCACCCUGCUGAAGGAUCCAUACAUCCUCAUCGCUGCAGGCUCCAUCUGCUUUGCAAACAUGGGGAUAGCCAUGCUGGAGCCCGCCCUGCCCAUCUGGAUGAUGGAGACCAUGUGCUCCCGAAAGUGGCAACUGGGCAUUGUUUUCUUGCCAGCAAGUAUCUCUUAUCUCAUUGGAACCAAUAUUUUUGGGAUACUGGCACACAAAAUGGGAAGGUGGCUUUGUGCUCUUCUCGGAAUGAUAAUUGUUGGAAUCAGCAUUUUAUGUAUUCCUUUUGCAAAAAAUAUCUAUGGACUCAUCGCUCCCAACUUUGGAGUUGGUUUUGCAAUUGGGAUGGUGGAUUCCUCCAUGAUGCCUAUCAUGGGUUACCUGGUCGACCUACGGCACGUGUCUGUUUAUGGGAGUGUAUAUGCCAUUGCGGAUGUGGCCUUUUGUAUGGGGUAUGCUAUUGGUCCCUCUGCUGGUGGUGCCAUCGCAAAGGCAAUCGGCUUUCCUUGGCUCAUGACAAUUAUCGGGAUAAUUGAUAUUGUUUUUGCUCCACUCUGCUUUUUUCUUCGAAGUCCACCUGCUAAGGAAGAAAAAAUGGCUAUCCUCAUGGACCACAACUGCCCCAUUAAAACAAAAAUGUACACUCAGAAUAAUGUUCAGUCAUAUCCCAUCGGUGACGAUGGAGAAUCUGAAAGUGACUGAGACCCUCUAAAGCUGCCAAGUGCUUAACCGUGUAGCAGUGUUUCCAGUGAAGUAACCCGUGCAGAGCUGUCUCAGCCACAUCAUCCAUUCCUGGCAAAGAGUAAAACAACCAAAGGUGAUACUUUGUUUUCCAUGGUUAUGAUCGACUGCCAACAGCCUUAUAAAGAAAAAGCAGCUUUUCUAGGGGU